CCGCCGCCGCCGCCUGCCGCACUGCCACCAUCUCCUCCACCCGCCAUGGCACCCUCCUCCUCCAUCGGGCCCGGCGCCGGCAUGAACGGCGCCGGCAGCAGCACGGGCCCCGGCGCCGCCGCCGCCGACAACUUCCAGUCCUUUCCCGCCGUCGCGCCGCACGAGGCGGCCGCGCUGAUCAGCGACCUCGGCGUGCCCACGAGCGCCGAGGACAUUGCGCACCCCACGCCGCAGUUCGUCGCAAAGGUGUUUGGCGUGUUCCUCGAGACGCUCAACGGCGUGUCGCUCGAGUGGAUCGACCGUCAGCGCGAUGCCAUCUGCGGACAGCUCGAGUACCGCGAAAUCUACGAGGAGGGCGUGCACCACAUGCUGCUGUUCCGCGAGAUCCGCGCGAUGAUGCAGCACGCCACCAUCACCGACUUCGUCAUGGCCGACCUGACGAAGCCGGUGUCGAAGCGGCUGAAGCGCCAGCUCAGCGCGCUGGUCAACUUCUACCGCUUCCGCCAGGACCGCAUCGAAGAGUUCGAUGAUGCGGCCGCUGAGGGAGAGCAGCUGGUGCAGCAGCGCGAGGAGCUGCUGGCGAGCGUGGAGACGCUGCGGACACGGCUGGCAGAGGAGAAGGCGCAACGAGAGGAGGAGAAGCCGAAGAUGCAGGGCCUGGUGGAGGAGAACGUGGUGCUGAGCGACCGGUUGAUGGAGCUCAAGAAGGAGCAGGGCACGCUGAUGCAAGAGCACGACCUGCUGAAGACGGAGAAGGGCGACCUUGCAGAGCGGCAAAUGGAGCUGCAGCUGCAGCUGCAACUCGUCACGGCCGACGUGCGGAAGCUGCAGAGCCGCAUCCGGCUGUCGCCCGUGCAGCUCAAGAACAGCGUCAUGGAGAUCGAGGCGCAGCUCAAGGGCGACCGCAUCACACUGCACGAGACGGAGCGCAAGCACAAGGACCUGCAGGCCAAGCUGCAGGUGCUCAAGGUGCUCGAGGCCGACAUGGACGAGGCGCAGCGCGGCGUCGAGGCCGUCGUGGAGCAGCUGGCCAAGUGCGAUGCAGAGAUGGACGCCAUGGAGCGCAUGCGCUCUGCCAUUGCCGAGGCGCGGCACGAGGUCGAGGGUCUCGAGCACCGCCGCGAGCAGUACCACCGCACCUCGUCUGCGCUGGCGACGCGCAUCGAGCGCCUGCGCAAGACGAUCGAAGACCGGCGCGAGGAGCACGCCAAGCGCAGGGCCGAGCUCGUGGAGCUGCUGCAGUCCACCAGCGAGGGCAAACGGCAACGCAUGGAACAGGCGAGCAAGCUGGAAAUGCAGGCCAACGAGGUUGAGAGCCAGGUGAGCAGCAAAGUGCUGACGUGGCCUCGAGAUGUGCGCUGACUCUGGCCUCGCAGUACACCGACUUGAUGCGCGCCUUUGACGCACACGUCCACUCCGCACGCAAGGAGCGCGACGUGAUGGUCGCCCGCGCCGGUGAGUCGUGCCGCACACGACGAAGCGACGCAGCUCUAACCGAAUUGCCCACUCGCAGAGAGCUACAUGCAGCAG